AACGUGGUCUUAACCGUUACACGGUUAAGAACAACUAUCCCAUGCCUCUUGCGGAUGAGCUGUUUGACCGUCUGGCAGUCAACCGCUUUUUCACGAAGAUCGAUCUUCGUAGCGGUUACCACCAGAUCCGCGUAGCCACAGAGAAUCAGUCGAAGGUCGUUUUUCGGUCGCGCUUCGGCCACCAUGAGUUCACGGUGAUGCCAUUCGGUCUCACCAAUACACCCGCCACCUUCGAGACGGCGAUGAACGACAUCUUCAGGGACAUCCUUGAAGAAUACGUUCUCGUAUACCUGGACUACAUUCUGGUCUACAGUCGUACCUUAGAAGACCAUCUCAGAAACCUUCUCGAUGUCCUACAACGCUUACUCAAGCAUGACUUUUAUGCCAAGCUUAGUAAGUGCCGCUUUGCUCAGAGCAAAGUGGACUUCCUAGGACACCAGGUACUGGGUCUGGUGCCAUCUCCGACUGCUGUGUUAUGUGCUGCCGCAGCCGCUGCUGUUGAAAUUGUUGCUGUUGCAGUUACUGCUGUCGGAGAUGCCCCUCGUGGAGGAGAUCGUUGGGGAACCUGCAUGGUUGAAGCUGCUGGAGUGUCAGCUGGCCCUCCUGGGGUUGCAUUUGCUGUUGCAGUAGAUGCAGUUGCAGCAGCGGCAGCUGCUGCUGCUUCAUUUGCUACACCAACAGCUGACCACUCCUGGGACUGUGUUGGCUGUUUUGCAACUGCAUCUGUUGUUGUUGUAGUUGUUAUGGUUAUUGUUUAUGUUGAGGUAGCAUUUGCUGUUGUCUCAGUUGGUGAUGCAUAUACAGCUGUUGUAGUUGCAGAUGCUGAUUCUGCCCCUCUUGGAGUUGUAUUUGGCAGAGCGGCGCUUGCUGCCGCCGCACCUGUUGUAGCAGCAUUUGUUCCUGCAGCAGCCGCUCUUCAGGCUGCAUAUGUGGGUGCUGCAGCUGCUCAUCUUGGGGUUGCAUUAGCUGGUCUGGGGUUUGCUGCUGCAGCGAUUGCUGCAGUGCUUGAUCGUGUGGCUGUUGUUGCAGCAGCUAUUGCUGCUCCGGCAAGCAUUGUUCAUUAAACUUCAUUUGGCUACAUUUGUUGCUAGUACAGCUACUGCUGAUGCUGAUGCUGAUGCUGAUGCUGCCGCUCUAACAACAGCUGUUCGUUCAAGCCGCUGUGAAAAUUUUGUCAC